GAAUUUGACGACUGACGUCACAUCUGUGUGUUGACUCCUCCGUAGUCUAUAUUAAAUUAUUGAUUUUGACGCCGAGCGUUUUUACGGUCUUAAAUGAAAUUGUACAAAGAAAUUCUGAUAGCAACGUAUUUAAAAUAAAAUUCAAUAAUUUCACAAACAUUUUAAUCACGAAUUUUUUAAAAUUUUUGAGUAAAAUGGUGCAGAAAGGGCCUCGACCUUUAGUUCUUUGCGGUCCUUCGGGUUCCGGUAAGAGCACUUUAUUGAAGCGAUUGCAAAAAGAAUUUCCGGAUAAGUUUGGUUUUAGCGUGUCGCAUACGACAAGAGGCCCGAGGCCGGGUGAAAAAGAUGGGGUUCAUUAUCACUUCACAACUAGGGAUAACCUGCUUGCUGCAGUUGAAAAGGGGGAAUUUAUUGAAACGGCUAUAUUCAGUGGAAACUUGUAUGGGACAAGUAAAAAGGCUGUGGAAGAUGUGCGUCUAUCAGGAAGAAUCUGUGUUCUGGAUAUUGAAAUAGAAGGAGUCAAACAAAUUAAGCGUACGGAUUUAGAUCCUUUACUUGUGUUUGUAAUGCCGCCAUCUAUGGAUGAGCUAGAGAGACGCUUACGUAACCGUAACACUGAACAAGAGGAGGCUUUACAGAAGAGAUUAGAAACAGCACGCCAUGAAAUAAAAUAUGGUCAAGAGCCAGGCAAUUUUCAUAUUGUGAUUCUGAAUGACAGCUUGGACAAAGCUUAUGCAGAGCUACGUGAUUUUAUAAUCAAGAAUGCAGAUAAUGUUGUGGAAGAUAACGCUCGUCUUAUUCCUUGUGAAGAAAACAAGUGUGUCCACUUUUCUUCUUAUUGUGACGUCAGAACUCACAUGAGCGAUUUAGUGUUGGGAACUCGUAAGUUGUAACUGUGUUUAAGUAAGGUGGUGGCAAUUUAUCGACAGAGGAAUUCUUUUACAUGAAAAUCUGUAAUUAUAAUUAAUUACCUAAUAAUACAUUCUAAACAAAAUCACAAAAAAGAAACUAAUAAUUAAGGUAACUAACUACGUACAUACCAUGAUAACAGAAGUAAUAUGAAAAUAGUGAAAUAGUGUUUUAUGAAUUAUGAAAUCUACUCAUUCGGUUUGGUUACGUAGGUUUCAUUGUCAAACCGACGAACCAAAAAUAAUAAAUUUUUAAUUUGCAAUAGACAACAUAACUUUGUAUGAUGUCAAAAUGUUAGCUCAAUAAGGCAUAAUGAGGAUUUUUUUAGUUUUUCUUUUAACAUCCGUCUGUCGUCAUCGAAAACGUCUGAGCGCGGACUUAGUGCUGCCACCUUGCGCACUAUAAAAAGGCGCACUAAGACAAGCCCAAAAAAUUCAUAAAAAUGUGUAAUAGCGAAUAAUGUAGUCGGGAGUACCACUAGAACUCAAAGAAUUUCACUCCCGGCUUACACGCGAAGUACAUGCACAUUGCACCAGCACAUGCGUUAUCUAGUGAUAUAAAAGUCAGCGUACUAAUUAUACUGCAAAAACCCAAUCUUUAACAUUUUCACUGUUGUUUAUUUACUGAAAUUUACUAAGAAGUAUCAAAUACAACUAAAUCAGUGUUGAUCGAAUAUAGAUUAUCACGUUUUAAACUGUGCCAAAUAAAGAUAAUGCAGUAUUACAUAUGAUUAUGAAAUCUUUAAUUUAAACAGACAUUUUAAUUUGAACCGUAAAAAAAUCUAUAGUCACAAAUUUAUUACGUAAAGGACUUUUUUUGUUAUUUAUCUUUUAUAUUCUACAAUUUCAUGAUGUAGGUAAUAACUAUCACAGGAAAUUGAAAUGGUUUUUGUGCAAUAUUUAGUUAUCAUUCCACAUAUAUGGUAGUUAAUAAGUAAUUAAUAAAAUUUGAUUUAGGUAAUAAUUAUAAUGUUAUGCUUUUACAGUGUACUACAGAUUUAUCGUCGAUUAAUGAAUUUUCACUGAUUGUAGUUCUGUGGAAUAUGUAAGAAAAGAGGUUAUUACAUUGCCGACAUAAAAGGAUGGAAUAUAUUAAAAUAAUUUACCUGACCUAAAUAUAAAGAAUUAGUUAUGCUUUUAUAAUUUUUAAGUCAUUCCAAAAGACAAAAUGUCUAAUUCGGUUAUUAGAAAGUUUUCAUUAUCAUUAUAUUAAAGCUCAUGCUUUACUAAUGAAGUAGAGAUAGCCAGUUAUAAAAAAAAGUAGUAAAUUUAAUGUUGAAAUUAAAACUUGCCACUAUUUGUAAUUGUAACUUUGGUUUUGAAAAAAAUAUUGUUAACACUAUUAGUAUGUACUUUUGAUGUUACCAGUUCUGAUAUAUUACAAAAAUAAAUAUUUUAAUGCAACAAA